AUGUCCGUUCUUUUUAUACUUCUCACGUUUGUCUCGUUGAGUUUACAAUCUUUCAUUCACCCUGGACUUCUAGUAACCGAAGCCGACAUUACUAGAGCGUCCAACAACUUGAAUCGUGCCCCAUGGAAUACCUCCUACGCACAACUGACGGCUUGCAGCUGUGCAAGUACAGACUAUGAGCCCAGUCCGGUCAGUGCCGUGUACCGGGCGACAACCACCGAACGGGCCGCCAACACGAACUAUCUGUGGAAUGACGCUGCUGCUGCUUUCGCGCUGGCAUUGAGAUGGAAGCUGACGAAUAACGACUCAUACGCCGAGACCGCCUCGGGCAUUCUUACAGCCUGGGCUGCAAAGCUGGUAACAAUCGAUGACACAGAUGAUGGCUACCUGACAUCUGGAUUCCAGGGCCACGAGCUCGCUAAUGCAGCAGAGCUGCUCAGAGACUAUGCCCCCUUUGCAGAGGAUGGCCUUGAUGCAGUCAAGACAUUCAUGACUUCCGUGUUUCUCCCCAUGAACCUCGACUUCCUGAACCACAAACUUGGUUCCGAGCAUAAUGUCAAACAUUUCUUUGCCAAUUGGGAGCUGGGAAACUUGGCUUCGGCCAUGGCCAUUGCUGUGCUGACUGAGAACUCAACGGUCUGGGACUUUGCAAUCGAAUACUUCAAGUCGGGCUCCGGCAAUGGCAACAUCAAUAACGCCGUCACUGAUUUGCAUAUUGAUCCCGAUACGGGGUUGACCUUGGGUCAAGGUCAGGAGUCUGGCCGAGACCAAGGCCACUCGGCUCUAGACUGGCAGAUGCUUGGUGUCAUUGGCCAGCAAGCAUGGAACCAGGGCGUCGACCUGUUCAGUUAUAACAACAGCCGCAUUCUUCAAGGCGCUGAGUACUUUGCUCGUUAUAACCUGGGCCAUGACGUUCCUUUCAACAACUACACGAAUGGCAUCGUGUCGUUUGACUGCAUCAGCAAUGCUUCGCGUGGUAGCACGCGGCCGACCUGGGAGCUCUUCUAUAGCCAUUAUGUUCAGAUCAAGGGCAUGGAUGCACCAUGGACCACGGCGUACCUGAACUAUAGCUUGCACCAGUAUGGUGGAGUAGAACCAGGUGCUGGCCUUUCCGGGAGCACAUCCGGUGCCUUUGACGGCCUUGGAUGGGGAUCUCUCCUCUACCACCGCGACGACAAUGACACAACUGUGCCUAGCUACAGUGCUUCGCUCACCGCAUCGAGAACAAGCCGACAAAGUGCCCCGGCUACUACAAUAUCGACUACACAGUACUCAAACUCUUCAGUCGUCACGUUUUCCACAUCGGCUACAAGUCAAGAUGGUAUCACAACUGCUGCAAUAUCCACUGCGACGCACUUGUCGGCUCUAAGCCUGUCUCAGAGUGUGCCUCAAGCACAUCGUCACAAUACAGCCAUGCGCAUGGCUGUCAUGGCCAUCGCCAUAGCCACUCCUGAAUAG